AUGGGUCAGAGUCUGUCGGAUGAGCAUCCGCAAAGGCGGUCGCAUGAAGAGUUAACCAACCAACUUGCGGAGAAGUUCAAGAAGAAAUGUUUUACUUCCCUUGAAUUGUACUCACUUAGAGAUGUCUUCAAAAGUCUUGCGGAUCAACAAGACUCUAUCAGAUAUCUCAAGGAGGACACCAUUGCCCGAUACCUCGAGAUACCAGACAUUCUAGGCACCUCACCGGUCAUUUUUCAGAUGCUGUCUUACAUUGGUGCAUUUCCCUUCCUACAGGAGGCACCAGUAGUUCUGGAACUUCAACGGAUGAUCAUGGUCGUUGUCAUCAUGACUGAGCGCUAUCGAACUGUGCUGGCGCGCGGUUCAGCAGACAGAACUAAGCUACUCUUCAAAAGCUUGGCCGUCUUUGACCGCAAGAUAUCCGAAGCAGGGUUUCGGCCAGAUGUCAAAAAAUUGGAGACUCCCAAACCAAAGGAUGAUCAGGAAGAACCCAAGUCCCAUGCUGCUGGCUUUGCCGUGGAUGCAGCUGGUGAGGAUGAGGAAGACGACGAAGAUGAUGAUCUUAUCUUGACCGCCUUUGAAUUGUUGAAUGUCAAGGAUGCUGUAGAUCAGGGCCAUGCACCAAUCUUCCAUGGCGCAACAAUCCCGACAGACAACUUUCGGAAGCUCAUCAUGCUCCUCUUGCUGGCGGCCCCAUUGGACCCCCAGGAGAGUCUAUCCAUGUACUCAAGUCGCAUAGUUGGCGAAGAACUCGAAGGUCUCCGCGGAGCUGCCGAGUGCAUUCUCGCCUCCUUCGUCAACGCCGAAACAUCAACCGGCAUCAAGUACCAACAUUUCAGAACUAUCAUACCUGUGAUUUGUCCUAAUCUUUUCCGUGGCUUCAAUGGUCUCUUUGAGCGCUUCCUCUUCUCGCAAAACCUAGACUUUUCCAAACACCAGAAUGAUACCCCGGCGGCAACGUCGCCACCAAAAACAGCACAGCCUCUUCUGACUGACACGGGCGAUAUACUGAAUCAAAACACGCUUUCUCAGAUCUCGCUAUUCCUCCCUGGCACGGAUCUUUUCCGGCAAGUCAGGUUACUGUACUCCGGCAAUGAUGCAGGCUUCUCUAUGGGAAGUUUCCAAACAAAGGUGUUCAACUGGCAAGCUCCCACACUGCUGCUGGUGAGUGGAACAAGGCUGGGCGAUGUACCAGAGGGUGGUCAAGAGACAAACUUCGCAGCCUCCUUGCCCCCGAAACGAUUCCCACAUGGUAGCAAGUCUGAUCGACUUACGUUUGGUGUUUAUGUUCGAGAACCUUGGAAGCACACUCACCGAGAAUGCUUCGGUGACUCUGAAACAACUCUCUUUCAGCUAGAGCCAAUUCACGAUGUCUUCCCAGCGUCUACCAUCAACAAGGACUAUGUCACUUAUACGAAAGCUCCAGCACACCACCCUAUGCUGUCCUUUGGGUGUCCCCACCCGCAUCCUUCUCAGGCUCACAGAAAGCCCGACAUGCUGCGAUUGGGUCCCGUAUCGUUGUUACUUGAUGAUUCGUUCGAGUUUGGGGUUUUUAACCAUGAUCACACCUCCCGCGGCGGUGCAUUCCAUUCAAGUGUAGUGAGAAAGCACGAUUUCCAAGAUCGUUUUCAGAUUGAAAGCCUCGAAGUAUGGGGCUGCGGCGGUGACAAAGAGGCGCAGGCGCAAGCCGAGAAAUGGGCCUGGGAGGAACGUGAAGCAGAAGCACGUCGCAAAAUCAAUCUAGGGUCCGGAGAUAUUGAAGCUGAUCGGGCAUUGCUGGAGAUGGCAGGGUUGAUUGGGGGAAACAGAAGUGGUGGUUCGAUGACAUAA